AUGCUCGCACUCGCGUUCUCCCUCGUCGCGUCGGCGGUCGCCGACGACCUCGUCGUGUCCCUCGACGGCCUCGGCAAGCUUCAGGGCGCGGCCCUGGGCGUCGUGCGCGAGUUCCACGGCGUGCCCUUCGCCGCGCCGCCCCAGGGCGCCAUGCGCUGGCGGUCGCCGGCGGCGCCGAGCGCCUGGGACGGCGUGCGCGACGCGACGUCCUUCCACGCGUCCUGCGCCCAGCCGUCGGGCUUCAGCCCGACGAUCACGAACACGUCCGAGGACUGCCUCUUCGUCGACUUUUACGCGCCCUCGGGCGCGUCGGCCGCGCCCGUCUUCGUCUGGAUCCACGGCGGCGGCCAGCGUCGAGCGACAGGAGUCUUUUUUCGCGCCAGCGGCGUCGCGGACCUGCCGGUCAUCGCCGUCGUCCAGUACCGCCUCGGCGUCUUCGGCUUCGCGGGCUCCGACGCGAUCCGCGACCCGGACACGAACGCGACGGGCAACUGGGGCUUCGAGGACCAGAUCGCCGCCGUCGCGUUCGUGAAACAGUACGCCGCGAGCUUCGGCGGCGACCCGGCGAACGUCGCCAUCGCGGGCCAGUCCGCCGGCGGCGCGUCCGUCGGGAAUUUGGUCGUGGCCCCAAAGGCCAGGGGCCUCUUCCAGCGGGCCAUCGGCAUGUCCGGCAGC